AUGUACACCGAGAUCAUCGCAAGAGUCUGCAUCGCCUGGUAUAUCUUCAUAGCCUGCGUCUGCACAAUCGGAUACGUUUACCUCUUCAUACACUAUCGUCGUGCGCCUGCUCGAGCGGCCGUUCUUGCAAAACCAAGCCAGGACAUCCCACAUGUCACCGUCAUCCGCCCAUGCAAGGGCAUCGAGCCCUACCUCUACGAAUGUCUCGCCUCGACGUUCCAACAGGACUAUCCCCGGGACAGGAUAACAGUGUACUUUUGCGUGGCGUCGCGCUCAGAUACCGCAUACAAAACCAUUGAGGCCGUCGUCAAAGACCACCCGGACCACGAUGCGAGAAUCUACAUCGAACAGGAGGACAAUGAAGCCUCCGACCAGGAUCGCUACAGGGCGCACCUGGGCCCCAACCCCAAGAUCAGGAACAUGAGUCGAGCGUACCGCGAAGCGAAAGGCGACCUGAUCUGGAUCAUAGACUGCAACGUCUGGGUCGGCCCAGGAAUCUGUGGCCGCAUGGUUGAUCGGCUCUGCGGAUUCACGUCCACCGACAAGUCCGCAACACCCUACAAACUCGUCCACCACCUCCCCAUCUCAGUCGACGUAGACAACUACUCGAUCGGGCGCAAACGAACAGACUCCUCAGCCUACGACGAGACAUCCUCAACCGACUUGUCGCAAUCAUCCCUAGUCCGCUCGACAGCUCUAACGCGAAACAUCAAUCGCUACGGCGGCCGUCUAGAAGAACUAUUUCUCUCAUCCGCCCACGCAAAGAUGUAUGUCGCAAUCAACAUGGUCGCCGUCGCCCCUUGCAUCGUCGGCAAAUCCAACAUGUUCCGUCGCUCGCACCUCGACCGCCUGACCUCUGAACGAGCCCGCCUGGAGUUCCGAAAGAAAGCCGAGGAUCCACCCCGAGAGACAAGCACAGGCAUCGACUACUUCUCCCGCAACAUCUGCGAAGACCAUCUGAUAGGCGACAUGCUUUGGAAAUCCAAAGUCCCGUCCCUGCCGGGCUGGCCAAAACGAAUGCGCAAUCACGCCCUCGUCCUCGGCGAUCUAGCGAUCCAGCCUGUCUCCGGCAUGACCGUCGCCAAUUACGUCGCCCGACGGGUGCGGUGGUUACGCGUGCGCAAGUUCACUGUCCCGACCGCCACGCUCGUCGAGCCCGGCACAGAAAGCUUCUUGUGCUCCGCAUACGGUGCCUUUGGCUUGACUACGUGCCAAUCGACGCGGGCGAUCUUCGGAGAGACAUGGACGUGGUUUUGUGUCUGGUGGCUCGUCAGUAUCUGCGUCUGGGCUGCUGUCGAUUGGACAGUCUAUCUGCUCUUGCACUCUGGGCGUACAAUCGAGGCUGCGAAGGACGAAGCGAACAUUCCUGAGUUUGCAACGCCGUUGAAUCAAUCCUUGAUACAAGCCAGGCGGUCGUUCAAGACCUGGCUAUAUGCAUGGCUGGGCCGGGAAGCACUUGCCCUGCCGGUCUGGACGUGGGCCAUCUGGGGCGGCGCGACUGUGACUUGGCGAGACCGUCGGUUUUGGGUCGGACUGGAUAUGAAAGUGCACGAGAUACGAGAGUCUCAUGAGAAUAGCAACGGCAUUUCACGUUUGGGGCAAGGCAAUGGUCGUGCAAACGGCGACGCAUAUGUUGACGGGAAAGCUAGAACUGAGUAG